AUGAAUCACGACGAGAUAAAAUCUGUGGUACAGGAAAAGUUCUUAUCGAGCGAACGAGUUACAGCUUUUCUAUGUGACGCCAAAGUUUUGCAUCCUGACUGGGUGAAAAAAGAUCGUCUAUUAGCAAUUGUUGAGUUUGGUGACGAAAAGGCUGUAUUCUGCCUCUUUACGUCAUGUUACCCGCCGAAAUCUUUUACGGAUUUAUCUAUAGAGAUAGUAUUACCAAUAGAUAAGAGUUUUAAAUGUGAAAUUGACAACAAACCUUCCGAUCCUGAAGCCAUCCUGUACCUGAACCUCCAGUCUCGAAAUAAUAAGUAUAAAUUUGAAAUUCAAAUGACUCCGCGCGUUGACAAUUUUGUUGAUGAUUUAUUUAGAGGAAUAGAAGCUGUUAACAACGUGCCAACACAACCUGAGUUUGUGUGGCUAAAGAAAUAUCAUGGUAGAAAUGACAAUGACAUCUUAACUCACACUAUGGUGCUGCCUGGAGGAGUCCCACAUACCCAAAGUUCUGCACCAGCUAUAAGAGAAAGUCUAAUCAAACACAAGAUGUCUGAUAAAGAAUAUGAGUACACUUUUACGAAAAGGUUUACAAUUUUUUGUGGUACGUGGAAUGUGAACGAUAAAUCUCCUGUUAUCCCUCUUAAGGGCUGGUUGAGCAUUGACAAGGAACCUCCUGAUAUAUAUGCUGUUGGUUUUCAAGAACUUGAUCUAUCUAAAGAAACUUUCUUAUUUGACCAAACUAUGAGAGAAGAUGAGUGGUACAAUGCUGUAAUAAAUUAUGUUGAUAAAAGAGCAAAAUAUGUGAAAGUAGAGAAAGUGAGAUUAGUUGGUAUGAUGUUGAUCAUCCUCAUCAAGGAAAAACAUUUGUCUCAUGUGCGUAAUGUUGUAUGUGAUACUGUCGGAACAGGCAUUAUGGGCAAGAUGGGCAAUAAAGGUGGAGUUUCAAUAAGGUUUGAUCUCCAUAGCACCUCACUAUGUUUCGUCAACUCACAUUUAGCUGCUCAUGUUGAAGAAUAUGAGCGAAGAAAUCAAGAUUUCAGAGAUAUUUGUAACAGGACAAGAUUUAUUCAGCCUAACCAACUCCCAAAAGGGAUAAAAGACCAUGAUCACAUAUACUGGCUGGGAGAUCUGAACUAUCGUAUUACAGAAUUAGACCCUACAACUGUAAAAAAGCUUGUGAAUAAUAAUGAUUUUGGCCCAGUUUUAGAGUGGGAUCAGCUGAAACAACAGCAUAAGUGUAAUAAUGUCUUUGCAGGAUAUAUAGAGGGGGAUAUUAUGUUCAAACCAACAUACAAGUAUGAUCCUGGAACAGAUAACUGGGACUCUAGUGAAAAAAAUAGAGCGCCAGCUUGGUGUGAUAGAAUAUUCUGGAAAGGGGAUAAAAUUGUUCAACUCGCUUACAGAAGCCAUCCAUCACUGAACAUAAGUGAUCACAAACCUGUGUCAGCCAUAUUUAACUCAGCAAUAAAAAUAAUAGAUGAAGAGAAAUAUAGGAAAGUAUAUGAAGAAGUUAUCAAGCAACUAGAUAAAAUGGAAAAUGAACUGAUACCACAGGUCAAAGUUGACAGGACAGAAAUAGACUUUGGUACAGUACAGUAUUUAGAAUUGCAAGUACGUACUAUCACAAUCACAAACAUUGGUAAGCUCCCUGUUGAGUUUGAAUUCAUUAAGAAAUUAGAUGAAGCAAGUUUUUGUAAGGAGUGGCUUAUAGUUGAACCAUAUAAGAAGUGUAUUUGUGCUGAAGAGACAUGUGAAAUUCAACUCAAAGUGCUUAUAAAUAAGACAUCAGCUUGUAAGAUGAAUGCUGGCACUGACAAGUUAUAUGAUAUAUUAGUAUUACACUUGUACGGAGGAAAGGAUAUAUUUAUAACUAUAAAUGGUACAUACCAAAGAAGCAGUUUUGGAUGCUCGAUAGAGGUUUUAGUGAAUCUUAACAUGCCAAUAAAAGAAGUACCUGUAGGAAAGCUGAUAGAGUUAGAAAAUAAGAGAGAUCAGUGUGUUUCUAACCAGUCCACAUACUCCAUACCAAAAGAAAUUUGGUUCCUAGUAGACCAUAUCUACCUUCAUGGGUUGAAAGAACCCAAUUUGUUUGAGCAACCAGGGUUUCACUCAGAAAUACUUCAAAUCCGAGAUUGGCUUGACAAUGGGUCUGUAGAUCCUAUACCUGGAAGUAUUCAUUCUGUUGCUGAAGCAUUGCUAUUGCUUCUAGAGAGCACUGCAGACCCAAUUAUUCCCUACAAUCUUCAGUCAGUAUGUUUAAGAGCAUCUGCAAACUAUUUACAAUGCAAACAAAUUGUAAUGGAGUUGCCAGAAUUUAGGAAAAAUGUGUUUUUGUACUUAUGUGAAUUUUUACAAGAAGCCCUGCAACACAGUGCUGAAAAUGGAUUAGAUUCAAAAACAUUGUCAACAUUAUUUGGAGCCAUUUUCCUCAGGGAUAAUCCUAAUCAAAUACAGGAACCGCAAUCACGGAUAAACAAGCAGGUCAUAGAUAAAAAGAAGGCCCAGUUUGUAUACCAUUUCUUAGUAAAUGACCAUAGUGAUUUAAUAUUUUCUAGAUAA